AAAUACAAUUAAAAUCUAAAUAAAUAGAUGAAUUGAAAAGAAAAAAAUGAAAUAUAUAUAAUUUGAAUUUGCCGAUUUUCUGCAUGAACGAGCCCAAUUCAAGUGUCAACACAUUCAGCUGUCAACUUUGUUUUGCACUUAAAUUCAGAUAACUAUCAGAAAAAUCGUGCAAAAAUGCAUAAAUAAGAAAAAAUUGAUAUAAUUUCAGAGCUUUUGCGUUGCAUUUUCCAAUCCUCAAUCUGUAACACAUGAAUCUGACGAAGAACAACACCUAAAUUACGCAAAAUAUCUGCCAAAACAUAAUUGUUACAACAAAUGAAAUGUACGGGCAGGUGAGAAGCGGUAACAGACGAAAUAAUGGAAUUGAAAAUAGAUCGUUGUACAAACGCAGCCAACAAAAUGGAAAAGGAAUUAGUUACGAAUGUGAAAUCGAUUGCGAGGAUGAGACCGUGAACUUGUUAGACACGAGUAACGACGAUGAAGAAGUUAUUGAAGUUGAAACUCCUUCACAUAAUACGAUUACAAGCAAACCGGGUCGUUUAAUUUUCAUCUUCAUCUGUUUGAUUUUCUUCUCCCUAUUUUAUAUUCCAAUCUCACAAACAGGCACGAAACGCAGAUCUGUCGCAUUGCCUGGAUGGUGGUCAAAUAUUUCAAGAAACGUUGAAAAUUACGUGUUUCCUUAUCGCAAUACUACAAUCAUCGAUCCAAGUUACAUUUGCGACAGUCGAAACAGUGAAAAAAUAUUCAUCUUAAUCGUAGUUUGUUCGUCGGCACGCAAUUUCGAUGCAAGAGAAAGCAUACGCGAGACAUGGGGAAAUGUGAGCAACUUCAAUUACAACAAAUUUCACAAAAUGCACGAAGACCUUAAAGGCGUGUUUUUGGAGCCAAAUGCUAAAAAUUGGGAAGAAUAUACGUCGACGGAGGAUUUGUCAGAAGCGACAAUAUUGAACGAAUUAAAAGGAAUUGCCGUGACAGAGAAGAAAGAAAUUCGACCAAUCUCAGAACAAAAGUUUACAGUAAAAUUGAUUUUUCUCGUGGGACAAACGCAAUACGCCUUUAUGGAAGAAGAAUACACUGAUGAAGUACAGAAUCGAAUUAAUCAAGAAGCCGAGUCGUAUGGCGAUAUUCUGCAGGAAGGAUUUCUUGAUACAUAUAACAAUUUGACCUUAAAAUCAAUUAUGCUUCUCAAAUGGGUUACAAAUAACUGCGACGAUAAAGUAAAAUAUGUGCUAAAAGUAGAUGAUGAUACAUUUGUGAAUAUACCCAAUUUGAUUCACAUACUGUUGGGCGGAACAGUUCCUCUGUAUAAUGCAUCUGUUAGUUUUUAUGAUCGAGAAAGUAUUAUCGUGAAAGCAGCGAAAAAUCGAUUGCCUAAUAGCAAAAACCUUCUCGUUGGGCAUUUGUUUUGCGGUGUUAAGCCUGUUGCUGAUGUCAGCAGUAAAUGGUAUUCGCCAUACUAUUUGUUCCCUUCCGACAUGUAUCCUUCGUAUCUCAGCGGAACAGCGUAUCUGAUGUCACUAAAUGCUGUUCAUCGAUUGUACAAUACGAGUCUUUCGACGCCUUUUUUUCAUCUUGAAGAUGUCUACAUCACAGGAAUUUGUGCAAACAAAACAGGCAUCAAACGUAUGCAUCAUCCUUUGUUCUUCUAUUCAAGCAUUAAGGACAAAGAUAAGCAAUACUGUUCCCUUCGCGGAAUGGUGAGUCAACAUCAUCUUAGUCCGAGCGACAUGAAACAAGCAUUUGAUCUUGUAACGAAUACUACAAGUGUAAAAUGCCCCGCACCAAAAACUAAAGUAUUUUUGCCAAAAUUAAAGUUACAAAUGAAACGAAAGUGUUAGUUCCUGUCAAAGGAUUUGAAACAGUUCCUAACACACGUUAUAUUAUAUUUAUAUAAAUUUUAGUCAUUUACAAGUCAACUUUUUUUUAAUUUUAAACCAAACAUUUUUUAGAAUAAAAAAAAUUAAAUUUGAUAAUCUCACGCAUAAAUAUGUAGAACAUAGGUGACUAAUGUGAAGUAAGAAAGUGAUCGAAUAAAUUGUGCGCUUAUAAUAAAUAGUAGGAAUAAAUUUUUAAACAAGGUAGAAUAAGUAAAAUUUCAAAUUUUUGAAAACGAUUCAUGAAAUUCUAUAUAUUUCUUUAAAAAAAACGAUAACGAAAUUUUCCUUCUAAAAUUUUCACUGCUUUUAAAAAUGUUCAGUCUAAAAUUUUUCUAAAAGAACUCUCACAAUUCAUUUUAAAAGAAUAAAAAUGACUUAACGACACAUCCGUCCUACGCUUGCAAAAGAGAGAACAUAAUUCUCUAAAAAGAAUGAACAUUUCGAUUCUUGGAAUUACCUAAUUAGGCUCAAUACUCAUAAAUUUGUUUUGAAAUUACACAUUUUCAAUCAUCGAAAAAUAAAAGUUGCAAAAGCUCCGUCAUUCAGUAUCUUUAAUAAAAAAAAAGAUACAUGUUACCAAAAUAGUAGAAAUUAACUUUAUAAAUCUUAAAUAUCUUAUGAAUCUCAUUACAAUAUAAUUCUACCAAAAAUAAU